AAAACAACACUCCUCAGAAGAGGAAAAAUAGGUUUCACUUUGUAGCUUAUUGGCGAGCAGAUCUGUCAUGCCUUCCGCAUUCCGGCGGUCUGGAGGAUCCAACAAACGGAGGGUCUUACCCUCCGGAAUUGCCGAAUCGGCUAUACCGAACGGCCCAUUGACUUCUUCCCAGUCCUCGAGCGGUACUCAGAACACGACCAGAUCAUCGAUCCGGCCCCUUCUCAGAGGCGUCAAGCCGUGGCAGGGUGGCUCCUACCUGACGUCUGUGGGUUUGAACGACUUGGACAACAUUCUGGGGGGAGGGCAAGUUCUCGGAACAAGCAUCCUACUUGAAGAAGAUCGAUUGUGGACGAGAGAUCUAGCRAUCACAUUGGUAAAAUACUGGUGUGCUGAGGUAUGUUUCUUUUUUGUUUCMGUUUGUCAAUAGUUUUGCUGCCUUUUCUCCUUACAGGAUGUAAUACUGUAGACAGCUUCAUGAUGCACUGUAAAUUAUGGCACAUGAUGUACUGCGUUUACAUGUGACAAACCACCCCCUCAUAUUGAUUCUACCGUACCAUUCAUGCAUCCUUCUCUGCUUUUAGGCCAUAUCGCAAGACCAGCUCUUGCUCGCCCCUACAUUUUCGACAAGUAUCCUGUUGAAGGACGACGAUGACGAGAAUGCGUCCUUGUCCUUCUUGUUUGGGGACGAUAAUUGUUUGGAGGACGGGGAUCAGCCCUCCAACCAUUCGAGAGAAGAACUUCACGACUUGCUCUCGUCGCUGCCWCGGAAUCUCCAUUGGGAUAAGCAAAAGAAAAAGCAAGAGAAGGCAAAACGAGAGCAAGAGGCAUCAAACAACGCUACCGAUAUCACCAGCACGCUUGGCUCUAUGAACCUCGAACCCAUUGCGAUUCUCGAAGAAGACGAGGAGGACGAAGAAAAAGAAGCCGAUGACGGGCUACAAGUUGCCUGGCAGUACAAAACGUCUGUGCAGCAGGAACGUCUAGCGAAAUCGAAAUCCAACACGGCUACUGCAUCUGUCGCAACAAACGUUUUUUCCCAUUCSUACGACCUCUCCGCAAGAAUGAUGGAUCAAACUAAAUUGGAUUUAUCARCCUAUAUUGUCCCUCUGUCUCUGACAACYGGGACCAACGACAGCAGCCGCCAAAAUAAGGGCUACAGCUUCUUCUGCGAGCUGGUUCAUAUGCUGAAAGAACGGAUGGCAACGAAUAAUGAGAAGGCAGUUCGUCUAUUGCUCUACCACCCUCCAUUGGAAUUGCUGCUAAUUGCACUGCCUCUCUUCCUCGCACAUAUUCGGAAGGAGUCAUUGCCGGUUGUGAUUAUGAUUUGUACCACGCCUUCGGCGGAUGUGAAAUCUAGGRUUGGACUAUCUCGUGCUUGCGACGUUGUGCUGUCCACGGAGGGUUUUGCCUCGCGAAAAGAAUAUCCACCUCCGCCCGAGUUUCGCCACUUGCAAGGUGUCCUGAAAAUCUCGAAAACUACCCGCAAGCGAAUUGAAAUGGCCGCAGCGAUUUAUGGAUUCAAGCGAGACCGCCGGAAACUUCACAUUCCGCUCUUACACAUACCGCCCGAAGACUAUGCUGAGGGUGGAGGAAGCGUUACCGGUGGAGUUCGUUCGGGAGCUGGUAGACCAGUAGACAGUAAACCUGGUAAAACAAGCAGUGGUGGAAUGGGUUGUUCUUCGAACAUGUCGGGAUCUCUCCUUGACUUUUAAAAUGGUAAGUUUGCCUUUCGUCUCGAUAGCGAAUAAUUUUGYGUGUUUUUCUGUUGUUUUGAUGCGUGUGUGUGUAAACAAGAAUCGAUCACUAGGCGUUGCCCGGGGCUGCUAUAUGUCAUUCUUUCAUCGGCAAAACGUCGAUGGCGGGGUGGGAUCCCAUGAGUUCCAACGUACAAAAGUGCGAAGGGUGUCACGGUUUUCGAAGAGAAACAAAUACCGACGUUUUAACCCAACUUAGUCAGUCUUUCCAGUGGGCUAUGAUUGGACCUGUCUGUCGGGACAAUUUCAUGCAAACUUGAAGUCAAAGCUACGCGAUGUUUAUACUCACACAAUCAAUGUUUCCCGUAUCGUACGACUAAUGUGGCUACAGAUUACYAUCUAAUCCAUAAAAAGGAAAUUCUCUCUGAAGUUUGAAGGGCUGUAUUGAGGCUUGUGGAAGUGAUUAAUAUAGUAGUUUUAAAGAC